GAGUGCUGGGAUUAUAGGCAUGAGCCACUGCGCCCCACCGGGAUAAGGACUUUGUACUUUAUUUAUUAAAAAUCGGGAAGUAAAGUUUUUGAGCAGGAUUGCGGUAGAACUAACCCAGUAGUUGUGCGUAGCAUGUAUUUGGAGCGGGGAAAUAAUUAGGUAGCUAUAGUGGGGCCUGAAACAAAUCGAAAUGGCGAGAAUGGGGAUAAAUAGGAGAAACAUUUCAGAGGUAGCAUCAGUAGAUCAGUAGUCUGUUAGGGAAUGUUAGUACUGCUCCAAGAAAUAGAGAAAUCAGGAAGUGAGCAGUUAUGGAUGGAAAGAUGAUCUCUUGUUUUGGACUUGGUGGUGACUUUCAAAAGGAAAUAGGAUCAUGGCAGCAGAUGAUGACAAUGGUGAUGGAACAAGUUUAUUUGAUGUCUUUUCCGGUUUAGCUGGCUUUUUGGAGUUCUACCCUUUUUUGAGAGUCACCCAGAGAUUUGGGCAGAAUUUAGCUUCUCCUCUUAAGAACAAUGAUGAAGGCUCAUUGGACAUAUACGCUGGGUUGGACAGUGCUGUUUCUGACAGUGCUUCCAAAUCCUGUGUACCAUCAAGAAAUUGUUUGGACUUAUACGAAGAGAUCCUGACUGAAGAAGGAACUGCAAAGGAGGCAACAUAUAAUGAUUUGCAAGUAGAAUAUGGAAAAUGUCAACUGCAAAUGAAAGAGCUGAUGAAAAAGUUUAAAGAAAUACAGACACAGAAUUUCAGCUUAAUAAACGAAAACCAGUCUCUUAAGAAGAAUAUUUCAGCACUUAUCAAAACUGCCAGGGUGGAAAUAAACCGCAAGGAUGAAGAAAUAAGUAAUCUUCACCAAAGACUGUCUGAGUUUCCACAUUUUCGAAAUAAUCAUAAAACCGCAAGGACAUUUGAUACAGUUAAAACAAAAGAUCUUAAAUCUAGAUCUCCACAUUUGGAUGAUUGUUCAAAGACUGAUCACAGAGCUAAAAGUGACGUUUCUAAAGAUGUACAUCAUAGCACUUCACUGCCAAAUCUGGAAAAGGAAGGAAAAUCACAUUCUGAUAAAAGGAGUACUUCACAUUUACCUAUAUCUGUCGAGAAACACUGCACUAAUGGUGUUUGGUCGCGUUCUCAUUAUCAGGUUGGUGAGGGUAGCUCAAAUGAGGAUAGUAGAAGAGGAAGAAAAGAUAUUAGACAUAGCCAGUUCAACAGAGGAACUGAAAGAGUACGAAAAGACUUAAGUCCUGGCUGUGGUGAUGGUGAACCAAGGAUAGUGGAGGCUAGUCAAAGGCUACAAGGACACCCUGAGAAAUAUGGUAAAGGUGAACCAAAGACUGAAAGCAAAAGUUCAAAGUUUAAAAGUAACUCAGAUUCUGACUAUAAAGGUGAACGCAUUAACUCUUCUUGGGAGAAAGAGACCCCUGGAGAAAGGUCACACAGUCGAGUAGACUCUCAAAGUGACAAAAAACUAGAAAGACAAAGUGAAAGAUCACAAAAUAUAAAUAGGAAAGAAGUUAAAUCACAAGACAAAGAAGAAAGAAAAGUUGAUCAAAAACCUAAGUCAGUAGUAAAGGACCAAGAUCACUGGAGAAGAUCUGAACGAGCAUCACUUCCUCAUUCCAAGAACGAAAUAACAACAUUUUCUCAUAAUUCAAGUAAAUACCAUGUAGAAGAGAGAAGAGGAUGGGAAGAUUGUAAAAGAGACAGGAGUGUAAACAGUCAUAGUUUUCAAGAUGGAAGAUGUCCAUCUUUUCUUUCAAACAGUAGAACUCACAAAAACAUUGACUCUAAGGAAGCUGAUGCUAUGCACCAGUGGGAAAACACACCUUUAAAAGCAGAAAGACAUAGAACCGAAGAUAAGAGGAAAAGAGAACGAGAAAGCAAAGAAGAUAAUAAGCAUAUUAGAAAUGAAAAAAGAGUACCUACAGAACAUUUUCAGAAGGUUAAUAAGGAAACUAAAAAAACCACUUCUGAUUUAAAGAAACAGAAUGAACCAAAGACUGAUAAGGGAGAAGUCCCUGAUAAUGGAGUUUCUGAAGGAGCACAUAAUAAAGAGCUUGCAAUGAAAGCUGAGAAUGGUCCAAAUGAAACAAAAAACAAAGACCUAAAAUUGAGUUUUAUGGAAAAAUUGAACUUAACUCUUUCUCCUGCUAAAAAGCAACCUGUUUCUCAGGAUAAUCAGAAUAAAACAACUGAUGUUCCCAAGUCCAGUGGUGUAUGUGAUUCAGAGUGUUCAGUGCAAGCUAAAACAGUGGCAUAUGUUCCCUCCGUCAGUGAACAUAUCUUGGGGGAAGCCUCUGUCAGUGAACAUACCAUGGGGGAAACGAAGUCAUCAUUAUUGGAACCAAAGGUUGCUCUUUUAGCAGUAACUGAACCCAGGAUUGGUAUCUCAGAAACCAAAAUGGAAGAAGAAAAUAGUUUGUUAGUUAGAUCUGUUGACAAUACUAUGCAUUGUGAAGUGCCCAUUUGUGGUACAGAGACUUCCUUCCCAUCUCCUAUGGAAAUACAACAGACAGAAUCCUUGUUUCCAUCAACAGGAAUGAAACAAACCAUUAAUAAUGGAAGGGCAGCAGCUCCUGUGGUAAUGGAUGUAUUACAAACAGAUGUGUCUCAAAACUUUGGAUUGGAAUUGGAUACCAAAAGAAAUGAUAAUUCAGAUUCUUGUGGUAUUUCUGAAGGUAUGGAAAUGAAGGUAGCACUUUCAACAACAGUGGGUGAAACCACUGAAAGCAUUUUGCAGCCUUCAAUUGAGGAAGCUGAUAUUUUGCCAAUGAUGCUUUCAGAAGAUAAUAACCCAAAAUUUGAGCCUUCUGUUGUAGUUACACCACUUGUUGAGAGUAAGUCAUGUCAUUUGGAGCCUUGCUUACCUAAAGAUACUCUAGAUUCUUCACUUCAGCAGACUGAGUUAAUGGACCACAGAAUGGCAACUGGUGAAACAAACUCAGUAUAUCAUGAUGAUGAUAACUCGGUUUUGAGCAUUGACCUUAAUCACCUGAGACCUAUUCCAGAAGCUAUCAGCCCUCUGAAUAGUCCAGUGAGACCUGUAGCAAAAGUUCUUAGAAAUGAAAGCCCACCUCAAGUUCCAGUAUAUAAUAACAGUCAUAAAGAUGUGUUUUUACCAAAUUCAGCUCAUUCUACCUCUAAGAGUCAGUCUGAUCUCAAUAAGGAAAAUCAAAAGCCAAUUUACAAAUCUGACAAAUGUACAGAAGCAGACACAUGUAAGAAUUCACCAUUAGAUGAAUUAGAAGAAGGGGAAAUUAGAAGUGAUAAUGAAACAUCUAAACCACAAGAAAGUUUUGAAAAAAAUUCCAAGCCUAGAGCGUCGGCUGAUGUGCGGAAGUCAAAGACUAUCCCACGACAUGGGAAAAGUACUGUGGGUUUGGAUAAAGACGGUAGGAAAACACAUGUAAGAAUCCAUCAGACCAAUAACAAAUGGAAUAAAAGACCUGAUAAAUCUAGCAGAUCUUCAAAAACGGAGAAGAAAGAUAAAGUGAUGAGCACUUCCAGCUUGGAAAAAAUAGUUCCAAUUAUUGCUGUACCCUCUUCUGAACAAGAGAUCAUGCACAUGUUACGAAUGAUAAGAAAACAUGUAAGGAAAAAUUAUAUGAAAUUCAAGGCAAAAUUUUCAUUAAUACAAUUUCAUAGAAUUAUUGAGUCAGCAAUUUUGAGUUUUACAUCUCUAAUUAAACAUCUCAACUUACAUAAAAUCUGUAAGUCAGUGACUACCUUACAGAAGAAUCUCUGUGAUGUUAUAGAGUCUAAACUUAAGCAAGUUAAAAAGAAUGGCAUAGUUGAUCGUUUAUUUGAACAGCAGCUACCAGAUAUGAAAAAAAAAUUGUGGAAGUUUGUAGAUGACCAACUUGAUUAUUUGUUUGCAAAACUUAAGAAAAUCUUAGUUCAGUUUUGUGAUUCCAAAAACUUUGGAAGAGAUAGUGAUGAAGGCAAACCUGAAAAAACAAGUAAACAGAAUGCACAGUUUUCAGAUUGUCAGAAAGGGAGUGGGUACAACUCCAACAAAGAAUUGCUGAAAAAAAAAUUAUCAAAAUCAGAAGACUGUGUUCAUAAUAAGUCUUUAGUGGGAUGUAAAAAAUCUGAGGAAAAAUAUCAAGACCAAAAUAACUCCAGUAUUAACACUGUAAAGCAUGACAGUAAAAAAAAUUUUAACAACUGCUUUGAUAAUACAAAGAACUCUCAAUCCGAAGAGCGCUCCUUGGAACUACACUGUUCAAGCACCCCAAAGUCAGAAAAAAACGAAGGAAGCAGUAUAGAGGAUGUACAGACAUCCCAGCAUGCAACUUUGAAGCCAGAACGAAGUUUUGAGAUUCUUACUGAACAGCAAGCAUCUAGCCUUACUUUUAAUUUAGUGAGUGAUGCACAAAUGGGUGAAAUAUUUAAAAGUUUGUUGCAAGGUUCUGAUCUUUUAGAUAGUAGUGUUAACUGUACUGAAAAAAGUGAGUGGGAGUUAAAGACUCCGGAGAAGCAGUUGCUAGAGACUCUUAAGUGCGAGUCUAUACCAGCUUGUACAACAGAAGAGCUAGUUUCAGGGGUGGCUUCUCCAUGUCCUAAAAUGAUUAGUGAUGAUAAUUGGUCAUUAUUAUCAUCUGAGAAAGGUCCGUCUCUGUCUUCAGGGCUUUCAUUGCCAGUUCAUCCUGAUGUGUUGGAUGAAAGUUGUAUGUUUGAAGUGUCUACUAACCUACCUUUAAGUAAAGAUAAUGUGUGUAGUGUAGAAAAGAGCAAGCCCUGCGUUUCUUCCAUACUUUUUGAAGAUCUAGCAGUCUCUUUAACAGUACCAUCACCUCUGAAGUCAGAUGGUCAUCUCAGUUUUUUAAAGCCUGAUGUUUCGUCUAGUUCAACUCCUGAAGAAGUCAUUAGUGCUCAUUUUAGUGAAGAUGCAUUACUUGAGGAAGAGGAUGCAUCUGAGCAAGAUAUUCAUUUAGCUCUGGAGUCUGAUAAUUCAAGCAGUAAAUCAAGUUGUUCUUCUUCCUGGACAAGCCGAUCUGUUGCUCCAGGCUUUCAGUACCACCCUAAUCUACCUAUGCAUGCCGUCAUAAUGGAAAAGUCCAAUGAUCAUUUUAUUGUGAAAAUACGACGUGCAACACCAUCUACCUCUUCUGGUCUUAAACAGAGUAUGAUGCCUGAUGAAUCAUUGACAUCUUUGCCCAGACAUGGAAAGGAAGCUGAUGAAGGAGCAGAUAAAGAAUAUAUUUCAUGUCAGAACACAGUUUUUAAAUCUGUGGAGGAAUUGGAAAAUUCCAACAAAAAUGUUGAUAACAGCAAGUCAACUCAUGAAGAACAGAGCUCUAUGAUACAAACACAGGUUCCUGAUAUAUAUGAAUUUCUUAAAGAUGCUUCAGGUAAGAUGGGUCAUCGUGAUGAAGUGUCUGAUGAGUGUUUCAAAUUGCAUCAAGUAUGGGAAACAAAAGUGCCUGAAAGCAUUGAAGAAUUGCCUUCAAUGGAAGAAAUCUCACACUCUGUCGGGGAUCAUCUUCCAAACACAUACAUAGAUCUAACGAAAGAUCCAGUCACUGAAACCAAAAACUUGGGGGAAUUCAUAGAAGUAACAGUUUUAAAUAUUGAUCAGUUGGGAUGUUCUGGAGGCAAUUUAAAUCAGAGUGCUCAAAUAUUAGACAAUUCUUUGCAGGCUGAUACUGUAGGUGCUUUUAUUGAUUUGACACAAGAUGCUUCAAGUGAGACUAAAAAUGAAGGUAGUCAUCCUGAAUUAGCUGUUGAAGACUUGGGAUGUGGGGUGAUACAGGUAGAUGAAGAUAAUUGUAAGGAAGAAAAGGCACAAAUGGCAAACAGGCCUUUGGAGUGCAUUGUUGAGGAAACCUAUAUCGACUUGACCACAGAAUCUCCCAGUUCAUGUGAAGUAAAAAAGGAUGAAUUAAAAUCAGAGCUAGGAUCAAAUUAUGUUAACUCGGAGUUGCCUGGGACUUUGCAUAAUGCUCACAAAAAGAGAAGAAACCUUUCUGAUCUAAAUCAUUCUCAUAAAAAACAAAGAAAGGAAACAGACUUAACCAAUAAGGAAAAGACCAAGAAACCUACCCAAGAUUCUUGUGAGAAUACUGAAGCUCACCGAAAGAAAGCCAGUAAGAAGAGGGCCCCUCCUGUGAAUAAAGAUCCCUUAUCAUUAAAGGCAACCCCAGGGAUUAAGGAUUCAUCAGCAGCACUUGCCACUUCUACGAGCCUUUCUGCAAAGAAUGUUAUUAAAAAGAAGGGAGAAAUUAUCAUUUUAUGGACAAGGUAAGAAUCUUGUGAGGCAUUUAAAUCACCAGGAAAUUUUGAGCUCAGAAAUCUAAUCUGGCUGGCUGGGCACGGUGGCUCAUGCCUGUAAUCCCAAUACUUUGGGACGCUAAGGCAG